UAUAAAAAUGUUAAAAUUUUAAAUAUAUAAACUGUUUUAAUACAGAUUUUAGUUUUUUAUUCAGCACUAGUCACACAGAAUUCGAGCAUUUUACUGUCGUAAAACACGCAGAGCUGCGCAUGCGCGACUCCAACCGGAUAAACACAAACGCGCCCGCGUGGUUUUAACAGAAUGAUUUUUUGAAAUAACUACAAACAGCCUGAAAUCAACACAAUGAAAGACACGCCGCUGUCUACGUGCGAGCGGGACUUUAUACUGAAAGCCAUCGAGGAGAAAAAGCGUCUGGACGGGCGUCAGACCUACGACUACAGAAAGAUCAAGAUCAGCUUCGGGACGGACUAUGGCUGCUGCUUCGUGGAUCUGGGACACACCAGGGUCAUGGCUCAGGUGUCGUGUGAGCUGGUGGCGCCAAAGGAGAGCCGCCCAAACGAGGGGAUCAUGUUUUUUAACAUCGAGCUGUCGCCUCUGGCCUCACCAGCGUUCGAGCAGGGAAGACAGUCGGAGUUGUCCGUGAAGCUGAACAGACAGUUGGAGAGAUGCCUGAGGAACUCCAAGUGCAUCGACAUCGAGUCCCUGUGCGUGGUGUCUGGAGAAAAGGUGUGGCAGAUCAGGGUGGACGUCCACAUGCUGAACAACGACGGGAACUUGAUGGACGCCUCCAGCAUAGCCGCCAUCGCCGCCCUGUGCCACUUCAGGCGGCCCGACGUGGCCGUCCAGGGAGAGGAGGUCACAGUGUACAGUCCAGAGGAGAGGGAUCCCAUCCCGCUGAGCAUCUACCACAUGCCCAUCAGUGUCAGCUUCUCCUUCUUCCAACAAGGGACGUAUCUGCUGGUGGACCCGUGUGAGAGGGAAGAGCGAGUGAUGGACGGUUUGCUGAUGAUCGCCAUGAACAAACACAGAGAGAUCUGUUCCAUCCAGUCCAGCGGCGGCAUCAUGCUGCUGAAGGAGCAGGUCAUGCGGUGCAGUAAAAUCGCCAGUGUUAAGGUGUCUGAAAUCACAGAGCUCAUCACCAAAGCUCUGACGAACGACAAGACGGCCCGGAAAGCCGGAGGACGCUGUGGUUUUGCGGAGUCCAUGCCCCAGGAGCGAAUCACAGCUCUGAAAGUUGACGAGACGCCGGUGGAAACUGAUGACGUGGCAGAAAAAGCCAUCGGCAUAAUUGAGGACGCAGAAGCCCCGCCUCCAACAGCGUCAUCACCAGUAGUGCCAGUCCCAGGGGUGGGACAGGUGGGAAUGGGUCUGCAAAACACCUGGGGAGUCGAGGAGGAAGAGGAGAUGGAGGAGUUCAGCAGCGGAGAUGAUGAUGUAGAAGAAGUGACGAAGAUGGAAGAGCAGAAAAAGAAGGAUAAUAAAGACGACGUGGUUGAGAUUUCAGACAGUGAGGAGGAAGAGGUGGUCAUUCUUCAUCCAGAGAAACCUCCUAAAGAAAAAAAUGUAAAGUCCAGCUUUCACCAGAAGGGGGCACCAUCAUCCAAGAAAAAAACAAAGCAGAAAAAUUAAUAGUUUACGUUUUUUAUUGCAGUUUCUCUAAGAAAAACAAUAUUAUUAAAUGAUAAUCUUGCAAAAAAAAGUAAGAUUUUAUUUUUCAUUUGAAAAAAGUACUGUGACCAAUAAUAAAAAGUAUUUCUGUGUAAACUGCCUUAAUACUUUUUUGCGUGAAAAUAUUAAAAAUUUAAAUAAGAAUUUUGUUAUUGUUUAAGGGAGUUGUUUUUAAUUACUUUUAUAGUGCACUUGAGUCACCCAGGGAGUUCAGUGGAAUACAGAAAAAAAAAAAAAAUUCAGGUUCCACCGAGAUUUGAACUCGGAUCGCUGGAUUCAGAGUCCAGAGUGCUAACCAUUACACCAUGGAACCGCCGUGGCAGCACGUGGUGAAUUACCAAAUUUAUCAUCACGUCUUCAAUUUUUCAUAAUUAUCGAUAAUAUUUUUAUUAAUAUAUGGUAGAAGUUAACUUUUUAAAACAUGUCUGGAAAUGUUCCUCAUUUUUAGCUUUAGUGAGAAUC